AUGAUAUUGGUGCCAUAUGUAUUUAUUUUAUUUUUCACUGCUUAUUUAAAUCCAUGUGAAACUCUAAAAUGUUAUGAAUGUACAGGAUAUAUACCCUGUGGACAAGGAGAAACUCAUCUUAUGGUUGAUUGUGCAGGAAAAUGUAUGGUCUAUAGAAAUCAAUAUGAUGGUGGCACAAUAAUCAGACGUUGUUGUACAAAUGAUUGUGGUCAAGAUGGUUUAGGUACUUAUGAAGGAAGAGAUCCAACUUAUUUUUGUUCCCAAGAUUUAUGUAAUGGCGCUAUUGCAGACGGAUUGUUACCCGGAAUUAUUGAUCCAUUAUCAACAACAACAACAACAAGUGGAUUAACUACAAACGGUGGAUCAUCACAACAGCCAAGUUCAUCUUUAAGUUGUUAUGAUUGUACUGGUUACAAUCCACAAUGUGGUAUUGAUGAGUCGACACUAAUUCAUAGUUGUCAAGCAUGUAUGGUUUAUCUUAAUCAAUUUGAUGGCAAUAUGGUCAUUCGACGAUGUUGUACAUCAGGUUGUGGUUUACCUGGAACUAUUAGUGAUUAUGAAGGUCGUGUAACAUAUUUUUGUUCUUCAAAUCGAUGCAAUGGAAUUGGAACGGAAGCAACACUUACUGGUGGAAUAGUUUUGACUCCCAUACCGACUUGGCCUACAUCAUUAUCUCCUAUACAGACAACAACAACUAUCUCUGUACAAUCAUCAUUUCAAUGUUAUGUAUGUUCAGGAUCAGGUUGUGGCUUAGAAGGAUCACCUUUAUCAGAAAACUGUCCUAGUUGUAUGGUAUAUCGAAAUCCAGAUAAUCCAACAAUAAUUGAAAGACGAUGUUGUUGGUGGGCAUGUGGACUAUCGAAUUCUAUAAGUACAUACAAUGGUAUACAAACUUAUUUUUGUUCGAAUGAUAAAUGUAAUGGAUAUGGAACGGAAAAUAUACUUCCUCCAGUUAUAACAACAACGACAAGUAUUAUUUCAUUAACUACUACUCCAAUAACAACAUCUACUUGUACACUUAAUUGUCAAAAUGGUGGAGUACUAGAAAUACAGAAUCCUUGUUUUUGCAAUUGUGUAGAUAAUACAUUUGGUUUUGAAUGUCAAUAUUUUAAUUGUGCCCGGCCGGAUGUUAAUCCUCAAACAUGUAUUCCGGAAAAUCAACCAUUAUGUUGGCAAAGUGACAUAUUUGCAUAUGAAUGUUUUCAUCUAUGUGGAAAAUGUUAA